GAGAACGGGUUUCGUUAAGGGAUAUGCACUUGUUGAAUACGAAACCUACAAAGAAGCUAAGAAUGCAAUUGAUGCCGUUAACGGAACAAAACUUCUAGGUGCUACAUUGCAUUGUGAUUUUGCUUUUAUAAGAGCACCUAUCAGUAUUUCUUCUGGGACAGAUAGGGAAUCUCGAGAUCGUGGUGCAAACAGAAAUAGAGUCGGGA